AUGAAGACUGGGACUAUUACGACUAGCGACGGCGUCAGUCUGACCUACAACCAAACCGGUCCUGCGGCUGGCAAGCAGUUACUUUUUAUCCCUGGAUGGCGACAGGCUGCUGCAGAGUGGAAGAAGCAGGUCGAGUACUUUUCCCAGAAUGGAUUCAGAGUUACCACCUAUGACAUGCGUGGCCAUGGAGAGUCUGCCAAACCCGAAUUUGGCUACCGCAUUUCUCGCUUCGCAGCCGACCUGAACGACCUUAUCACACAAUUGCACCUCGAGGACAUUACUAUCAUCGGUCAUUCUAUGGGUUGCUCCGUCACCUGGGCUUUCUGGGAUCAGUACCCUACCUCCCACAAGUUUAUCCACAAGUUUGUCUUUGCUGAUCAGCCAGCUGACUUUGUGAUCGACCCAACCUGGCCUAAGGAAAAGGCUAAAGAGAUGAGUGCCAUCUUCACUCCCGAUGAAGUGUACCAAACCGCCACCGACAUGGCAGCCCAAGGCCCAGCUUUGGUCAAGAGCAUGUUCACCGACGAUCUCACCGAGGCUGAUUACAACUGGGUUGUUGAGCAAAACAAGAAGAUGAGCGAUAAAAGCGCUGGCACUCUCUUGAUUGAUCAUGCAUUCCGAGACUGGCGUGAUGUUCUUCCUCGCAUCAAUGUUCCUGCCUUGGUUGUUGCUGGAGAGCUUAGCAUUUUCCCCCAUCAAGGAGUAGAGUGUGUUGCAACCCAGAUUCCCUCUGCCCAGCACUAUACCUUUUCAGCCGAGGAAAAAGGUAGCCACUUUAUGUUUUGGCAAAACCCUGAGAAGUUCAACUCGUUGGUUAGAGACUUUAUUGAAGCGUAA